AUGGAAGGUCAUUCGUAUGUUUCAUGUAUCAAGAUUAAUGGAGUUCGUAUUUUACCACCUAUGAUAACUAAAGAUAUCAAAAGAGAAAUGUCUAAUUAUAAACAAUGUGCAAUAAAUAUAGAAAAAAAAUUGACUGCUUUACGUAUUUCUAGAGAAUGUAACAAUGGUAUGCAUUUAGGAAAGAUUAAAAAAGAAUCUAAGGAUAUACAAUUUAGAAAGAAAGUUCAUAGUUUGAAAGGGAAUCUGGUUCCUCUUGAGUAUAAAAAUAGUAAUUAUAAUAAAACAAAUAUUACAGAUAUGAAUGAUGUUCCGAUAGAAACUUUUGAAAGUUCUAAUGAAAAUAUAGAGAAUAGCUCGCAAUUUAGUAAAAAUUUAAACACGAAAUAUAAAUCUGAAAAUCAGAUAAGUUUGACUUCUGGUACAAUUUCAAGAUCAGAAUCCCUAACCACUAGUAUUGAUACAGAUCACUGUUUGAAUGAAUCAGCUUCAACAAAAUCUAGUACUACAGAAACAGUAUCAGAGAUUUGGAAACCACAAGUGCCUAAAACAUUAAACAUUAUUCCAUUGACAUUGAGUAACUCUAAUUGUAAAGGAAAUAAAAAGUAUCAAGAAAGUGAUUUGGAUAAUAUAGAAGAUACUCCUAAACUAGUGCGUCAAGGUUCCUAUGUGUUGGAUACUCCAAGUCCUAUAUUAUUAGCACAUAUGCAAAUGGAGCUAGCCAGUUCAGCUUGUACUCCCUGUUCAGAAUAUGUUCCAACCAAACUGUGUGCCAAUAUGAUCCAUCCAAAGGAAUGGAAUGUUGCACAAGCUAAAGUUGAGUGGGAAUAUGAGACUAAAAGCAAAGAAUCUAUUCCUAUGGAAUCAUUUAAAUCUGUGUCUACACUUCAAGGAAACUCUUAUUCUAAUACUGGUCGUACAAUGUGUAAAUCAAUUUCUUUACAAACAAAACCUAAAUCCUGUUUUGCAAUGUAUCCAUCUACAAGAUCUGUUGAUUGUAUUCAAACAAUGUUAGCUAAAGAAUAUACAGAUAGAAGUAAUAAACAAAUUAAUCAUGGUAAGAAGUUUACUAUGGAUAACAGUAUUGAGGAAAAACAAAGAUUUCAAACACAGAGAAAAUGUCACAGUUCUUCUACUGUUAAUUCAACAUGUAAACUUGAAGGUUCCCUGGAAGACCUAAAUGAGUAUAAUAACACUUCUGUAAGUAAUAAUUUGACAGGGAAGGUCUCAAGUAACAUAGAAAUACAAGACUCUAUAUCUAAGUUAAAAUCUUCCAUUGCAUCUGAUAAACUUUUAGUAGUUUAUAAAGAGGUACAAGAUAUGCAUAAAAAGCAAAUGGCUGAACUAAUGUCUCGACAGCAAAGAGAACAAAUACUACUUCAAAAGGAAUUUGAAGAACAACAGUUACUUUUGUUGACUGAGAUUAAAAAAUCGUUUCCAGAAAUUUCAGGUUCACUACUUUCUGAAAAUAUUUUAUCCCCAGCUUUCGAUCAAAUCAAAACCCCUAAUGGUGACAAAUGUUUCGAAAACGCUGAUAAUAAUACACAAAAUAUCAAAACAUUAAAAAAUAAUUUACAACACGAGAAUGAAGUAGAACACUCACAGGAUGAUAAUACAAAAAUAGUUCUGUGUCCAUUGAAUUACAUUUAUUCUGACAUAAAUUUUGAUAAUGCUCCCUGCUCUAUUAAUUAUCCGUGUGUGGUACAAUCAUUAGAAACAGAACUAGCAUCUAAAAUUAAUAAUUGUGUGACCAGAAUAGAAAAGAAAGACACAGAGAUACAACCACCAGCUGACACAAGAAACGAUGAAGAGAAAUCGUUAGUAGAGAAUGAUGAAUGUAAACGUUCAAAUGUUAGUCGGGAAUUAUUUCCUUUAGAUAGUAAAACUACUCAUGUACCAAUCCUUGAUAGGACAAUAUAUGCUGCUAAACAUAUAAAAGCAGCAACUAUAAUCAGUGCAUAUGUAAGAGGCUAUUUAGUACGUAGAAUGAUGCGGACCGAACGCGUGAUUGCUUUAAAAAAUACAUAUAAGGAAGCUUUACACUGCAUGCUUAAACUUCAUGUCGACGCACCCCUUAAUCGUUCAGAAUUUAAUUUUUUACAUCGUCUUCAAUUACAGUGCGAUGCAGCUUCUAUGAAUAUAGUGGAGUUAUUUGCCCAAAAUCCUCCGAACAGAAUGCAAGUAAUAGCGCAAGAUCGUGAAAUCAAGCAAUCUCGUAUAGAACGUCCAACAUCUGCAAGAUCGUACUCGUUUGCAACACAACGGACUUUAGCCAGGAAAAAACUGAAGGAGAUGGAAGAGUAUCAACCAACUUCGUUUGUUCGUUCAUGUUUGUCUAGAUCUAGAUGUCAAACUUGGACUUCAGAUGUUAAAGAAAGACUUAUCUCUUCAAAUAUUUUGUGUAAUAUUAAAAGGAGUACCAGUGCUGGAACUGUACGGAAACCAUGGCGGUAA